GAGAAAACUCGAGAAGAGUGGAUGAUAUUAUCAGAGCUCAACACUCCUUUUGACAACUCUGAACAAUCACCAGAGUCCACAUAUGACUGGCAUCUUGAUAGAGCCAAUUAUUCUCAACAACAAAUCCAAGAAAUGCCAACAUGGAUAAAAACAAACAAAGAGGAAUACACUAUUGAUGAGCAAUAUGAUGUUGUUGACAUCAACAGUUUUAGUGAAAUGCAAAAACUUGCUUAUGAUAUUGUUAAGUCUCAUUUUGAUGAUAUAUCAUCUGAAAAAGAGCCAUUAUGUCUCAUUAUAAAUGGUGUUGCAGGAACUGGUAAAAGUUACCUUAUUAAUGCUAUUAGAAAUCUUUUGCAAAGUAAAUGUGCUGUUGCUGCUACCACAGGUAAAGCAGCUUAUAACAUUAGAGGUGUAACUGUGCAUUCUCUAUUAAAGUUAUCUAUAGGAUCAAGCAAGAGGUAAAAAAGACCUAUAACAGGAAAAAGCUUAUGUAGGUUACAAGAGAGUGUUAAUAACAUUGGAUACAUCAUUAUUGAUGAAUACUCCAUGCUUGGCCAAGUUACUUUUGGUUGGAUAGACAAGCGUUGCAAACAAGCAACUGGUUAUAAUGACAAAGUUUUUAACUGGUGAUCCAGGUCAAUGGCCAUCAGUAGCAGAUAAACCUCUUUGCCAUGCUAGACCAUCAAACGCUGUUGGUGAACAAGGUCAUCAAGCAUAUCAUAUGUUUGACAAAGUUGUUAAACUCACUGUAAAUCAACGCGUGCAAGGUAUGACAUCUGAGCAAGUACAGUUCAGAGAUUUGUUAUUACGACUUCGCAAAGGCAACUCAACAGUUGAUGACUGGAAGUUACUUCUGACACGUCAACCAUCGAAUGUCACUAAUUUAUGUGACUUCGAAGAUUCUACUAGACUCUUUUAUAGUAAUGAACAAGUUGCUAAUUACAACCAUGAGCAGCUAACAAAACUUGAGCAUCCAGUUGCUCAUAUUAAUGCUCGCCAUUCAUCAGCAUUGGCAAAAAAAAUGUCCUCAGAUGAUAUGUCUGGGUUGGAACCUGUUGUGUUUCUAGCAAAAGGUGCUAGGGUCAUGUUAACCAUGAAUACAAAGACUUGUUUACAAAAUGGAAAAUACAGUAUGGACUAUCAUUACCUUGGAAAGAAAGAAUAUCAAAACUUCCAACAAACUGGUCAUAUCAUGUUAAAAGACAUAUUGUGUAUAUUCCUCAUUGUGUUCUUCUAGACGUUUUGACAA